AUGGCAGUGGGGAAUGUGAUAGAUGUCAGAAGCAAGAAGCUGGGCAAAACUGAACCCAAACCAACAGAGUACACAGAUGACUUCCUGCAAUCAGUCUCAUUGUACAAGAGGACAACUGAGAGAAGCUAUAGAGCAGCUCUCAAAAUAUCACAUGUCACCAUCCACAAGUUAAAGAAAAAAGGGAGACUCAUAACACAUACAAGCAUAAAUCACACUGCACUGACAUCCAACCACAAGAUAGCAAGACUGAAAUGGGUGUUAAGUCAUCUACUGUCAGCUGAAGAUAAUAGGGACCCUCGGUUUGUGGAUAUGCAGCAAGUAGUGCAUAUUGAUGAAAAAUGGUUCUACUUGAACCCAGACACCAGGAGAUUCUACCUCCUGCCCAAUGAACCUAAUCCAUACAUGUGCGAACAGUCCAAAAGGUUUAAGCACAACAAAGAAAAAAAAAGCAAAAACAGGAAGGCUGGUGUUGUGGAAAUAAAGGCAAUACAAAAUGUGAACAAAGAGGCAAUCAGGGCAAUGUUGCUGGAAAAUGUGAUUCCUGGCAUCAAAGAUAAAUGGCCAUCCCAUCUGUCCAAGGACAUAUGGAUUCAGUGGGAUAAUGCAAGACCUUAUCAAAUUCCCAGGGAUGAGGAAUUUAAUGCAGCCUGUCAGUCAGAUGGUUUCAAUAUCCAAUUCAUUUACCAGCCAGCUCAGUCCCCUGACCUAAAUGUGCUAGAUUUGGGGUUGUUCAAUGUCAUACAAUCCAUACAAUACCAAUCAUUUCCUAAGAACUUAAUGGAACUCAUUGAGAAUGUGAAAGAGGCUUAUGACUUGUUUAAUCCAGUUUUAAACAAGCAUUGUUGGAUAACAUUGCAAUGUUGCAUGGAAAAAAUACUCAAUCAUUUUGGGGGGAAUCAUUUUACCCCACCACACAAAGGGAAGAAAAGGCUGGAAAGACUAGGCUUGCUGCCAGAAGUACUACAUGUGGACAGGACUGUGGUUCAACAGGCUGUUGAUCACCUCAACAAUAUGUUCAUACAAAUAGGUGAAGGCAAUGAAAAUGAUGAAGGAAUGGAAGUUGAUGCAGACUAA